AUGUUUUUUUUUAAACUAUCAAUAUAUACUCAAAUAAAAUUGAACUUUUCUUAUUAUUCAAAAAGAAAAUUUUUUAUUCUUUUAAAAAAUGAAAAGAAUAUAAAGUUAAAUCUUCAUUAUAAACUAAAAUAUAAAAGUAACUCUGUAGAAUUAAUUAAAGUAUGUUUUAAUUCUCUAUCUGAUAAAAAAAAAAAAACUUUUGAAGAAAAAAGCAAAAAUAUAAUUAUAAAGGAUGAUGCUUAUGAAAACAAUGAGUGUAUUUAUAUUAAAAAUGAAAAAAAGUUAGUUGUAAUUAAAAAAAAUAAAAGUAUUGCAAAUGAAAAUAAUAUCAAAGAUUACCACUUAAAUGAUAAGAUAAAAUUUAAAGGGGAAGGACAAAUAAAUAAGUGUGAUGAUAUCGAAGAAGAUAUCCUUUAUAAUAAAUUAGGCGAUGAUAUAGAACAUAGCUAUUAUGAUAAUUCAAAUGAUAAUAUAGAAAAAAAAAAUAACUCAUCUACUAACAUAAGUGACGUUAUAGAAAAAAAUAAUAAUUUUAUUUACACAAAUUAUGAUAUACAAGAAAAUAACAAAUUAAUUAUUUUAAAUGAAAUAGAGAAAUAUAAAGAUUAUAUGAAUAAUGUAAAUGAUGAUACAAAAAAAAGGGGUAAUAAUUUUAACAAUGUUACAAAAUGUGACAGAGGAAAAGAAAGUUACUUUAGUAAUAAUAUAAAUGAUGAUGUUGAAAAGAAAAAAAAUGAAGCAUUAAUGAAAAUAUUAACAGAAGAAAAUGAUAAUAUUAUGUUGAGAAAAGAAAAAAGAUUUUGUGAUUUUUUAUGGAUUACAGCAAAAUCAGGAAAGGGAGGGUCACCAAAUUAUAAAAAGCAGAGAAGUAGAAAAUUAAAAGGAGAAGGAUAUGGAGGACAUGGAGGUAAUAUUAUUUUAAAAAGUAAAAAAAGUAUAUAUGAUUUAAUUAAAAUUGAGCAAAAGAUUAAAGCACAUGAUGGAGAAGAUUUUAAAGAAAAUAGCAGAGGAAAAGAUGGAAAAGAUAAAAUUGUUUAUGUUCCAGUAGGCACUAUAGUAAGAAAAAGAAUUUCUUGCAUGAAAAAAAAUGAAAAUAAUAGAAAAAUUUAUAAGAGUGUCUUUUGGUAUCAAUUUUUAAAUGAAAAUGAAGAAUUACUAGUAGCUAGGGGAGGAAAAGGGGGUAUUUCUUAUUCUUAUUUUAAAAAACACGACUUUAGGUUACCAGAAAAAAGUGAGAAGGUACUUUUAGAAUUAGAAUUAAGAUUAUUAAAUGAUGUAGCCUUUAUAGGAAUUGAGAAUAGUGGUAAAACAUCUCUAUGUAGUAGUUUAAGUAAAUAUUAUGGGAACAUAAAUAGUGAUAUAUUUACUACUACCAUUCCUCAUGUAUCUAAUAUUAAUUAUAUAGAUGGAGUUCAGAUAACUUUAUUAGAUACACCAUUUUUAUUUUAUAAUGCUCAUAAAGACAAAAAUAAAGGCAAAAGAAUAUUAAGGCAUUUAUAUAGAAGCAAAUUAAUUGUUUAUGUUAUAGAUGUUUCUAAUGAUAAGUUAAAAAAUGUAGAUGACUUACAAAUUAAAGAUUAUUAUUCAGAAAGUUUAAGAAAGGAAAAUUAUGCAAAUAAUAAGGAAAUAAAUUAUGAGAAUAAUAAAGAUAUUAAAAAUCAACUGGAUAAUAAAAUAAAAAGUCAAAUUAUAUAUAGAGAAGAAAAAGAUGAUAAUAACUUAAAAGAUUAUUAUAAUGAUACCAUAAAACAAAUAAAAAUGUUGAGAAAUGAAUUAUUUUUAUUUAAUCCUGAGUAUUUAAAAAAAAAAGAAUUAGUUGUGGCAACGAAGUGUGAUAUGCUACAUAAAAAUUCAUUGUUUAAUUUAGACUCGCUAUAUUAUCGUUUGAAAAAUAUUUUUCCUGAAAUUGAGGUAGUUGGAACUUCGGCAAAAUUUGGUUUAGGUAUCAAAUCUCUCAGUAAAAAAAUAAGAGAACUAAUUUAUCCUCAGUAUGUUUUACAAAAUAAUAAAUUAUAUUCUAAAAAUAUAGAAGAUUACAUUAUACCUACUUAUCAAGAUUUUAAAGAAGGAAAAAUAAAAUUAAAAAGUUAUGAAUUGCCAGAAAAUAUCAAACAUAUAUACGAUCAUAAUUAUAUGGAAAAUUUUGAAUAUUUUUUAAAAAAAAAGAAAAAAAAUGUAGAUAUACAUGAAAACGAAAUUAAAUCAACAGAAAGCAGUAUUAAAUUUCUUAUUGAUGAUAAAACAUAA